UGUACAAACCACAGCAAAAACAUCAACAACACCAUCAGCAACAACGCUGCUGCAACAAUAACGCCGAAGAAAUAACAACUUCAACAAUCGCUUUGCAGCAUCAAAUAUAAAAACAAAACAAGAAACAAAAAUAAAAAAUAAGAAAUAAAAAGGCAAACUGCAACAAUCGACUGCUCGACUGCUCGACAGCAACCGAAUACUAUCCCACGAUAACAACAAUAGCAUCCAUUGUGGAACAAUAUAACAGUAAUAAAGCCACGUUCGCAGUCAAAGCAACAGUGGAAGCAACAAAUUCUGACGCAAUUUUGUUUCUCCCCACAUCGACAGCAAUCAGCAACAACACUGGCAACAUACAUCCCAACGACAGAAACGAUUGCGAAAAGUCCAGCGCAGCUGCUGCCACAGCUGUUACAGCUGCGGCCGCUGCUGUUGCUGCCACUACUACUGCUACUGCUGCACCAGUUCCUGCUGCGGGUGGCGUUCAAGCCGUCAUCGUCACAGCCACCACUACUGCCGUCUCUGCUACCGCAACCACCUCCCGCGCCGCCCGAGACAGUCGCGCCACCCACAUAAACGCCAAAGCCACGAGCGACGCCGACAUCAAAUACAUUACCGACGUCGACACGGACGACGCAGAAGCUAUAAGUUCGCUCAUUGUAGCUCGUUGCUCGUGCAACGAGGUGAGCCACAACGCGCAAGCGAAUUUCAUAUACGUCGCGGAUACGGAUACGGACACAGACGUUAGAGGGAGGGCGACUGCGACUGCAACUGCGGCUGCUGGCUACGGCUACGGUAGUAAUCGUCGCCCUGUGUGCACGGACAAUAAUAUGAGGAGUGGCAGUUCAGAAUUAUUACUCGAGCAGCAACAACAAGAGUUACGGUUACGUAAAAAACGAGAACUGGCUCCAAAAAAGAAAAAUGGCAACCGGCGCUUUCGUUCGUGGCGCGAACGUGUACGCUUCUAUAGCACGUCAACGCUUGCCUUCUUCUCGGUGACGGCCGGCGCCUCGCUUCUGUUCCUGGUUCCGCUCUAUGUCGAUCCGGCGAUAUCGACACUAAGCCAUGACUUCAUCGACAGUCCCACACUGUGCACAACCACACGGCGUGAAGACCUAAUCGGUAUAUUUAAUUGUUCGUGGAGUUCGUGUCGUGAAGGUUGCACCUCUGAUCUCUAUCGUUGCGUGCAUAUUUAUGUGACGUUUAUCGAACAAAAUAUCACAAUACCCGAGAAUAUGACCGAUUUCACUAACUUCACCGCGGAGUGGGAGCAAUCGGAGGAGGCCACACUGCUAGUGAACAUAAAGGGGUGUGGCUAUCCGCCGACUGUGACAUGUAAAACAUUCAACGCCUACUAUGGCGUUGAAGGUGCAAUAUUUCCGUGCUAUUAUUCGCGUAAGAAUAAAACGGUCGUGCUGACGUCGUACAAUCAUGACGAUCAAGUAGCGGUGAUUAUACACUUCUUUGCGGUGCCAUUUGUGAUAACAGUGAUAUCGUCAAUCGCCCUAUGUGUCAUGCAUUGCGAUUGUAGGUGUAAAAAGGAUCGCAGCCAUCGGAGGAAUCGGCCGCAAAGUCGGAGACCGCGUAUCGAAAAUCUUAGGUGAGUUAAAUUAAAUGCCUGCAUAUCCACUCGUAAGCAUGUGUGUGUGUGUGAGCUCAGUGGUACAUAUGUACAUAUAUAAUUAUUUUAUUUAACUAAAUGACUGACUAGUUGAGAAUUUGCGUAAAGAGUCAACCAGCAAAUUGAGUGUACUUGAUAUUGUUGUAUUUUGGACAAUUUGAAAACUUCCCUUGCAAUUUUUCUGCCUAAUGCGUAAAUGAAAUAUAUUUAAAGUCAUCAUAAAUGGAAAUUAUUCUUUUUGCUGAAAGUGCAACUUUGUCAAUAAUUUUUUCUUAAGAAAAUAAGAAAUUCGCUUUUUUUUCUAUUGUCUAGAGUUUUCGCCAAUUUAGAGCAACUGAAUAAUUUUUUUGUUUUCCAAUUUAUUUAUUUGCAAAUCUGGUUUGGUACCUGGCACGCAGAGGAAAGAAAAGUUUCUUCCAUAUCUUCCUCUUCUGUUUAUGAUUUAUUUUCAUGAUUGGUCUCUAAAUUCUCAAAUUUGUUUGAGUUACUUUAAACUGCCAAUAUUUGUAAAUGUCAAAAAAAACUAACAGUAAAAAUAUUUUACAAAUUUCACCCAAAAAUGUCGAAAAAAACUUAUAUUAAAAUAAAAAUUUAUUAAAAAAAAUAUUAAAAAAAAACUUUAAAAAAAAUGUUGGAAAAUAAAAUUUUUAAACAUUUUACCCAAAA